GUGGAGUCUGACUGCUCUGUUUCCCAGAGAAGGAACUGCUGUUCUUGGAUGAGCCGGCAGCCUCUGGGAGCACCCACACAGUAAGGUCCUUGGCCUUGGCUGGCACAGGGGUUCACGGGGCUGGCAGCAUCGAAUGACCAGGCGGAUGUGUUCCCAUGAGUGUUCCUUCCAAACCGUCCCGUUCCUACUGCUGGUGGGGGUCCCAGUGGCAAGUGCCCUCCUUCUGGUCCAGUGCCUUCGAUGGCACUGCCCUCGCUGGCUACAGAGGGCCUGCCGGAACCUGGAUAACCAAGGGGAGCCAGUGUCCCAUCCCCCUCCUCUUCCAGAAAAUGAGUCCCCAGGGCAGUGCCUGCCAGCCACGCUGCCGGAGAUGGCUGCCUUCUACCAGGAACUGCACACACCCACUCAAGGCCAGACCGUUGUCCGUCAGCUGAUGCACAAACUGUUGGUGUUUUCGGCUCGAGAGGUGGAUCACCGUGGCGGCUGCCUGAUGCUCCAAGAUAUGGGCAUCUCUCUGCUCAUCCCACCAGGUGCUGUGGCUGUGGGUCGCCAGGAGAGGGUAUCCCUGAUUCUGGUGUGGGACUUGUUGGAUGCCCCGUCGUUGUCCCGAACCCAGGGGCUGGUGAGCCCUGUGGUGGCAUGUGGCCCUCACGGGGCCUCCUUCCUGCAGCCCUGUACCCUCACGUUCAAGCAUUGUGCUCAGCAGCCCAGCCACGCACGUACCUACAGCAGCAACACGACCUUGCUCGAUGCCAAGGUGUGGAGGCCCCUGGGGCGGCCAGGGGCCCACACCUCCAGGGACGAGUGUCACAUCUACCUCUCUCACUUCAGCCUCUACACCUGUGUGCUGGAGGCCCCCUCGGGCCGGGAAGCCCGCAAAUGGCUGCAGCUGGCUGUGUUCUGCUCACCACUGGUGCCGGGACAGUCCCACCUGGAGCUGCGCGUCUACUUUCUCAACAACACACCCUGCGCCUUGCAGUGGGCCCUGGCCAACGAGCAGCCCCACGGUGGGCGCCUGCGCGGGCCCUGCCAGCUCUUUGAUUUCACGGGGGCCCGAGGGGACCAGUACCUGAAGCUCAAGUACAUCUCUGAAGGUUGGGAGAAUGUGGAUGAGAGCAGUUACCAGCUGGUUCCCCAUCUCCACAUCUGGCAUGGAAAGUGCCCCUUCCGUUCCUUCUGCUUCCGGAGGAAAGCAGCCAAUGAGAAUGAGGACUGCUCAGUGCUUACCAAUGAGAUCAUUGUCACCAUGCACACCUUCCAGGACGGUAUGGAGACCAAGUACAUGGAAAUCCUCAGAUUCCAGGCAUCAGAGGAGGAAUCCUGGGCGGCGCCACCCACUGUCUCUCCAACACCCCCAUGCAACAGGCUGCCUCCAGAGCUCUUUGAGCAGCUGCAAAUGUUGUUGGAGCCGAACAGCAUCACAGGCAAUGACUGGCGUCGACUGGCCUCCCACCUGGGGCUCUGCGGCAUGAAAAUCCGGUUCCUGUCCUGCCAGCGCAGCCCCGCUGCGGCCAUCCUGGAGCUGUUUGAGGAGCAGAACGGCAGCCUGAAGGAGCUGCACUACCUCAUGACUGUCAUGGAGCGGCUAGACUGCGCCUCGGCCAUCCAGAACUACCUGAGCGGGAAGCACGACGGCGGGGGCGCCCAGGAGAACCAGGGCCUGGAGCUGGACGAGAAGCUCUGAGCACCCCCGGGGCAGGGUGGGGACCUUUCGGAGCACUCUGGGCACCCCACCCCCCAACACCGAUGGAGCAUGAGGCAGCUACUUCUGGCCGUGCCCACCAACCUCAUCAGAGCACUCAGAUGGUGCAUGAGACCAGGGGGUCCAAUGUCAGCUUCCCUGGCGGGACCCUAACCACCUGCUUCGUCCUGUGAACAGGUCCCAUCCUGGCCGGCAGGGGGCGCAGGAGCCCAGGAGAUGGCCCUGGCGUGGCCAGCUUCCUGCAGAGACCAGUGGACUGUUAGGCCUCCCUGUCGGCACUCCUUGGGGAUUGACCAGUGCACAAGGAUUCGCUGAGCACUUAGUGAUACUCAGCAUCAGACUGGGCAUCACGGGGAAUCCUGGGAUGGAGGAGAUGGGGCUUGGGGCUUGACAGACCCACAGCUUUCUUAUGGGAGUCAAGAUGCGCUCAUGGAAGCAGGGCCAAUUCCAAAACAGCAGUGCCUUGUGGUUAGGGGAUGUGAGCGUGAUUUAGGAGCUGAGAGCAGAGGGGGCGGGGCGUGGGCUGGAGCCGGAGAGGGCUUCAUGAAGGAGAAAGGGUUGGGAUGAGCAAAGAACAAAGAGUGGUUUGGCCGUCUUUGGGUAGGGUUAGAAGGAGAUGGUGGCUGGACUUACAGUGGGAGCCAAGAGUGAGCAUGGGUGUGAAGGGAGGGUUCAAGGUCACAUGCCCGGCUGUCCACCUGUCUCCUUUGUCUUCCUUUUGUCUAUCUUCCCAUCCUUGGCUUGUCUUUCUCUCUCUCUGCCAUGGUCUCCAUUCUAAAACAUGAAAGCUGAAAAGAAACUACGAGAUUAACAUUUGCUUUUUACCUCUUUAUCGGGAACUGUAUGAGUUUCCAGUGUCUCUGACUCCAUUUUGCUAUCACCAUUUUCUGUAGUCGCUGCAUCCCUGAAUCUGCCUGUUAGUCUCUGUCUUAGCAUCUCUUUGCCUCUACUGAGUCACUGUGCUUGCCUUUGACGGUUUCCUUCACCCUCUGAAACCCUCAGUCAUUCCCUUCAGGCAAGUGUCUCUGGGCCAGUCUCACGUAUCAAAGGCAAUGAAAGGACUCUGGGCUACCCUAGGAAUAGGGGUGGAUUUUAUCCCAUGAAUCAAGAUCCAAUUUAGUGUCAGGAAAUAAAUGAUAGGGAUUAAAGAACAUGCCAUUCAGUCACCAAAUAUUUGUUCAGUGCCUACUACGUGUUAGACACUGUCCAGAAAAGAGAUCAGCGGGCUGGGUCCUGAAAAGAGAACAAAGGAUUUGACUCCAUUCUAGCAGUGCUUUUGUUUGCAAACAGGUAUUGUUAAUUUAUUUUAAGGAAGGGCAGGCAAGCAAUCUCUCUGGCAACGCUAACAAUUUGCUUUUGUAUUUAAUUAAAAGAUAUUAACGUUUUUCUAUGAUAAACAAUAUUGUAUAAUAAUAAAAUACAAAAAUUAUCUUUCUUUGUUACUAACUGUA